AUGGCAUAUCAGAACACCUUGAAGCUCUUGUCUUCUCAGAACAGGAUUGUUCCGAAUUAUAUCUGUGAUAGGCAGCAUAAUCUGGUAUCGAUCAUUGGAGGACAGAGCUCUGAAACUUCUCUUCACAUAGCUACCAUCUUAGACAUCUACAAGAUCCCACAGCUUCACCCUGUUUUGAGGAAUCUCUCAUUUAACAACAGUGCUGGAGACACCGUGUCUUUUGAUGAGAAUGGUGAAUUAGCCGGUGGAUUUGAUAUAAUCAAUUGGGUUACAUUCCCAAACAAAUCUUUUGCAAGAGUGCAUGUGGGAAGAAUGGAUCCACAGGCUUUACUGGGCCCAAAGUUCACAAUUGAUGAAGAAGCUAUCACAUGGCAUAGCUCUUUUAAUCAGGUGGUGCCCAUUGCUCUAUGUAAUGACAACUGCGAUCCAGGUUACAGAAAGCAAAAGAUAGAGGGAAGGCUAUUUUGUUGCUAUGAUUGUGUUCCUUGUCCGUAUGGGAAGUUUUCCAAUCAGAAAGACCAGGAUGAUUGUUCUCCAUGUCCAACAGACAAGUUUCCGAACAAAAAGCAAAACGGAUGCCUGCCCAAGACCCUACACUUCAUCUCUUUCACAGAGCCCUUAGGAAUGACUUCAGUUCUAUUAUCUCUCUUGUUUGCUUCCAUCACAGUUUUGGUGCUAGGAAUUUUUAUCAAGUACAAGAACACUCCUGUUGUCAAAGCUAAUAAUCGGAACCUCACAUAUUGUCUUCUCAUCUCCUUAUUGCUUUGUUUCCUCUGUGCCUUGUUAUUCAUUGGCAAACCUCUGGUAAUAAACUGCUAUUUACGACAGCCUGCUUUUGGUGUCAUCUUUUCCAUUGCUGUUUCUUGUAUAUUGGCCAAAACUAUCACUGUGGUUGUGGCUUUCAUGGCCACUAGGCCAGGAUCAAAGAUAAGCAAAUGGGUGGGGAAAGGACUGGCCAAAUGUAUUCUUCUUGGUUGCCCUCUUAUUCAAGUCAGCAUUUGUGUUGUAUGGCUCUGCACUUCUCCUCCAUUCCCAAAUUUUGACAUGUACUCUCUGGCUGAAGAAAUCAUCGUGGAAUGUAAUGAGGGGUCUGUGACAAUGUUUUAUUGUGUUCUGGGUUACAUGGGACUUCUGGCUUUUGUAACAUUCACUGUGGCUUUCCUAGCCAGGAAGUUACCAGACGGUUUCAAUGAAGCCAAGUUCAUUACAUUCAGCAUGGUCGUGUUUUGCAGUGUUUGGCUAUCAUUCAUUAUGUCCUACCUGAGUACUAAAGGCAAAUACAUUGUAGCUGUGGAGAUCUUCUCCAUUUUGACCUCUAGUUUUGGAUUAUUAGGCUGCAUCUUUUUCCCUAAGUGCUAUAUCAUUUUGCUAAGACCAGAUCUAAACAUUAAAGACCAGUUACUAAGGAAAAAUAUGUAA